UAAGUCAGUAGUUAAUUACAAACAUCGGCCGCGUCAACAUCUGCUCGAAAGUAAUCCGAAUAAUAGGGUGCGCGUUAAUCCGAAAUCUAUGCUAUUAAAAGAUAAAAGAACACUCAGUUGCAAUGUGCCGGUAUAUCUUGAUAAUUGCCCUGGGCCUCGGGUGUCUGUCGAGUAGCAGUGGUGCUGCAGCAAAUAAUCGUUUACGUUGCGACCGACCGGGAGAUUUGCCAAAUGGAUCGUUUCGUCUAAAACGAACCUUCAUGAGAGCAUUUUGCAACAACGGCUAUCAAUUGCAAGGACUAAGAACGAUCGGUUGCGUGCAUGGAAAGUGGGAUGGUGAAAAACCUGUGUGCGCAAAAAAAGGAUGUGGAAAAGAUUUAGACCUGCCUGAUAAUGGACGAUUACAGUAUGAAUCCGAUCUAAAAGCAAUUCUCUACUGCAUGGAAAAUUACAUUGUGGCAGGAAAUAGACACGCAUAUUGCAAUGGAACACACUGGGAUCGGCCUCUGGGAACCUGUCGGCAACGAACUGGUAAAGUAUCGCACGAAUGUGAUUUCGAAACCGACGAUGUUUGUGGUUGGACCUAUGAACCGAUGGAGAAUUUAGAAUGGAAACGAGUGGCAGCUGCCAAUGCAUUCACAUCGUUUAAGUCGGGACCUCGUACGGAUCACACUACCAUGACACACAACGGUGGCCACUACAUGUUGAUGGAAAGUCUCAUCCGGCAGGAUAUGCCAGUAACUUUGAUGUCUCCGAUCUACGACAGGGAACUGUCAUUGAAAACCGCAUGUUGCUUCCAGUUCCAUUAUUAUAUGUAUGGUGCAGGUGUGGGAACUUUGCUGGUUGUGGUGAAGCCAUUGUCGAUGAGUUUGGAUGAGAUUCUGCUUAGCGAUGAUGAACGAUCCACACUAAUUAAAUUUGAGAGAAAUGGAAAUCAGAACAACGCCUGGAAUGAAGCCCAUUUUAGCAUUGAAGAAUUGGAAGAAGAUUUUCAAAUAGUUUUUGUAUCCAAGGCCGGGCGUAAUCAUCUCAGCGAUAUUGCGGUGGACGAUGUUCGUCUUAUGACAGGAGACGAGUGUAAGGCCUUGGAUAAAAACAAUGAUGACACAAUGUCCAAUGAGGAAUACGAUACAACAACAUAUCAGUCCAUAUUUGAUAUGCAGUCUUGUGCCAAUCGAUGUUUUAAGACCAGCGGCAUAGGAAUAUUGAGUGAUUCGGGUCAUCUUAUGGGUUUGUGCAGUUGUUCUGCCGACUGCGAGGAGUUAGACACCUGCUGUCCUGAUUUUAAGAGCUUGUGUCUCACAGAAUUGUUUGAGCAGACCACAAUUGAAUCAUCGCAAAAUGGUAAUGACUCUCAGUUCACUGAAAUCACAAUUACACCUACAGCAACUCCAAGUACAACAAUACCGACAACAACAACUGCAAAAGUUGUUCCAACAACGACAACAACCACAACUAGUACUACCACAGUGAAACCUACAACAACUACGCCGAAAACUACCACAGCAAAACCGACUCCAUCCACUACAACUAGAAAGACUACACCAUCAACUACGACCACCCGCAAAACAACACCUUCUACCACUACCACCAGGAAGACAACACCAACAACCACUACAACGACAACCACAACAACAACUACUACUACUACAAAAAGGCCAACUCCCACUACAAUAAGGACCAGCAAAGCCACAACAUCAACAACAACUACCACAACAAUUCGCCCUACAUCUACAACAACUACUAAUAAACCCCAAAAACCCACCGAAACAACAACGCCCCAUGCUCAAGUCCCUGAAGCACCCAUUGUUAAAACGCCCACACAAAAACCAUCUAUGGCUCCAAAAACCUACGUCAUUGACAACGAAACUCAUGACGAAGCUCCCCAUCAUGGCUCGAUCGCAAUGCUAUGUAUAUUCUUUGCAGUCAUAAUCGUAUUAAUUGUUAGCCUAGCGUAUCGGAGGUACGGCGAUCGGGCCGCUGCGUGGUACAUGAUUCGCUUUAGCAAACGGAAUUGCGGAGACGACGGCACACCUGUAGCCACGACAUUAAACGGCACGACAACGGCUGUUACUAAAAAGAGCGAAACAAAUAUGAGAACCAAACCAAAAAAGAAGUCUCGCGGGUAUUCUGAAGAUUUCACACGACCGCUAGUCGAUGAUGAUGACGAUGCAGACAAUGAUGAGAAUUAUCCCAUUAACGGGAAUAUAGUCUUAAAGAAUCACACAUAUACUGAAUUAUAACAUUAAAAUAAAAAAAGUAUGUAUAAUAAAUUGAUUAUUCUAAUUAAA